CCGCCCAGGCCUGGCCCGCUGGCCUGCCACUCUCCUCUCCCUGCUGCUGGCCUGGUGGCUGGAGCUCCCCGGGCCUGCUGACCCACCAGCUUAGGAGCGUCAGUCAAGCUCUGGGUCAACGUGGAGGUGCCGGGCCACCAUGCUCAGCCUCAAGCUACCCCAGCUCCUCCGAGUCCACCAGGUCCCCCGGGUGUUCUGGGAAGAUGGCAUCAUGUCUGGCUACCGCCACCCCACCAGCUCGGCCUUGGACUGUGUCCUCAGCUCCUUCCAGAUGACCAACGAGACGGUCAACAUCUGGACUCACUUCCUGCCCACCUGGUACUUCCUGUGGCGCCUACUGGCGCUCGCGGGGGGCCCGGGCUUCCGGGCGGAGCCCUACCACUGGCCGCUGCUCGUCUUCCUGCUGCCCACCUGCCUCUACCCUUUCGCAUCGUGCUGCGCGCACACCUUCAGCUCCAUGUCGCCCCGCGCGCGGCACAUCUGCUACUUCCUGGACUACGGCGCGCUCAGCCUCUACAGCCUUGGCUGCGCCUUCCCCUAUGCCGCCUACUCCAUGCCGGCCUCCUGGCUGCACGGCCGCCUGCACCAGCUCUUUGUGCCCGCCGCCGCACUCAACUCCUUUCUGUGCACCGGCCUCUCCUGCUACUCCCGGUUCCCCGAGCUGGAGAGCCCUGGGCUCAGUAAGGUCCUUCGCACAGGCGCCUUCGCCUACCCCUUCCUGUUCGACAACCUCCCACUCUUCUAUCGGCUGGGACUGUGCUGGGGCGGGGGCCACAGCUGCGGGCAGGAGGCACUGACCUCCAGCCACGGCUACCACCUUGUGUGCGCCCUGCUCACCGGCUUCCUCUUCGCUUCCCACCUGCCCGAGCGGCUGGCACCAGGACGUUUUGACUACAUCGGCCACAGCCACCAGCUGUUCCACGUCUGUGCAGUGCUGGGCACCCACUUCCAGCUAGAGGCGGUGCUGGCUGACAUGGGGUCUCGCCGAGCCUGGCUGGCCACGCAGGAGCCCCCCCUGGGCCUGGCCGGCACAGUGGCCACGCUGGGCUUGGCGGUGGCCGGGAACUUGCUCAUCAUCGCGGUCUUCUCAGCCGCCCUAUUCCGGGCCCCCAGUACAUGGCCCUUGCUGCAGGGUGGCCCGCUGGAGGGGGGCACGAAGGCUAAGCAACAGUGAGCCCACCUCUGAGGCUGCCCUGGAGGGAGGCAGAGGCCAGACCCUGGUGCUGGGGAGGAGCCCAGACCCAGACUUCAAAAGGCGGGGGCACCUCUGAGCCUGGAAGUGAGUGACUGAGGAGAGAGUGCGGAGGACAGGGGAGCUGGGGGGGGGGCGCAGAGAGCAGGAGGGUUCGUGAGGCGCGCUUGAUGGUGCUGGGCAAGUGCUGAGAGUCUGAGAGGGGACGUGCGUGUGUCCAGGCAGGAGACCCCCCAGAUGCUGAAUGGGGAGGGGUUAGGGCUUUGCAUCUGGUCCCAUUUCUGCUGCUCCAGGGACAAACUAACACAACUAACCCAGGCCCACCCUGACUGCUGCUAACCGGGCAGGGGCCCACUGCUGCCCCCCAUCCCCAACCAGCCAGUGCCGCCUGCUGGCAGCUCUUUGCCUGUGGCUGCGAGUGUCCCGGUCACAGCCCUGUGCGUAGGGCGUCCAGGCCUUUGGGGUCUGGCUCUUCUGGGUGUAUCACCAACAGUGCAGUGGGUUGAGGUGGGGGGAGAGUGCUGGGCUAGAGGGGGGACCCUAGUUAAACUUUAGAAAGCCACCUUCAACGCUUCUGGAAUGAGGCAGGUACAAAUAAAAACACCCACCGCUUUGGGAAGCACGG